AUGGCACCAACAACCAAGCUUUCUUUUCCCCAUGCUCGACCCUACUCCUUCAACUUCCCCGUUGCAACCACUGCGUUUGUCAUCAUUGACAUGCAACGGGACUUUUUAGACCCAAAUGGGUUUGGCUUUAUCCAAUGCGGAAAUCCUGAGAUUUUCUCCUCUGUCCGCAAGAUCGUACCCGCCGUUCAGAAAGUGCUGAAUGUCGCCCGCUCCGUUGGGAUGCAAGUUAUACAUACCAGGGAAGGCCAUCGCUCGGAUCUUUCAGAUUUGCCUUCAGCAAAGAGACUGAGACAGAUCAGUGCGCCGCAUGGUCACCAUACGAUGGGUAUCGGCGACCAAGGCCCGAUGGGAAGGCUGUUGGUGAGGAAUGAGUGGGGCCAAGAUAUCAUUGACGAGCUGAAGCCGCACCCUGGAGAGCCCAUCAUCGACAAACCAGGAAAAGGGAGUUUUUGGAAUACCGGAUUUCACCGAACCCUGUUGGCCAGGGGCAUCACGCAUCUGAUAUUCGCAGGCGUUACAACUGAGUGCUGUGUGACAACCACUUUGCGAGAAUGCAAUGAUAGAGGAUACGAAUGCUGUAUCCUAUCGGACUGCACUGGCGGUUUCGACCAACAGAUGGUGACUACGUCCCUAGAUAUAAUUUGCAGCCAAGAUGGUCUCUUUGGAUACGUUGGCCAUAGCUCGGACUUGAUUGCCCAAGCAGAAAAUAUCUGCGAGCUAAACCCACCCUGUGCCACUUCGGUUUUGGACGAAGCUCUUCCAUCAAUUGCUGAGCUGCAACAACAAUACAAACGUGGCCUUGCGGAUCUAGUAACGAUUGUCCAGUUUGUUUUUGAUCGGAUAGAGAAGUACGAGACAGUCGAUCCUGCCGUGUGGAUAUCCAAGCAGUCUCGGAAAGACGUCCUCGCGGCAGCCAAAGCACUCUCUGCAAAGUUCGCCGGAAAGCCACUGCCUCCUCUUUUUGGAAUACCCUUUGCCGUGAAGGACAGUAUCGAUGUGACAGGCCUAGUCACAACUGUCGCAUGCGAGAGCUUUGCGUACACUGCCACUUCCACAGCUCCAUCUAUUCAACAUCUGCUUGACGCUGGGGCCUUGUACAUCGGCAAAGUUAACUUGGACCAGCUUGCAACAGGCCUAUCUGGAUGCCGGUCACCGUACGGCAUCCCCCAUAGUGUCUACAGCAAAAAGCACAUUUCCGGUGGGUCCUCGUCGGGAUCAGGCGUUGCUGUUGCAGCUGGACUAGUUUCAUUCGCCAUUGGAACCGACACGGCAGGAAGUACUCGUGUCCCUGCGGCCUUGAAUGGCAUCGUUGGCUUCAAGCCGACCAAAGGCACCAUCUCUGCUCGGGGCUUAGUGCCUGCAUGCAAAAGCCUUGAUACAAUCACCAUAAUGGCACCUUCUAUAGCGGAUGCACGAGAGGUCUGGUAUAUAAUUGACCAGCAUGAUCCCCUAGAUCCGUAUGCCAAACCGCCAAGCAGUUUAUCAACUUGGACGAUAGAUUUCCGGGGACCAAAGGAGGGGGGCUUUACAUUCGGUGUUCCUCCGCGUUCUAUCUUGGAAACUUGCUCUAAAGCAUACCAAGACCUCUUCCAAGCGAGUAUUCAGCAGUUACAAUUAUGUGGUGGCAGAUUAGUCGAAAUCGAUUACACCCCAUUCAGCAAGGCCGGCGACCUGCUUUAUGAUGCAUCCCUUGUACACGAACGUCUCGCCAUGGGCCACGAUUUCUUCGUUAAGAAUAUCGAUACCCUGCAUCCAACCACCAAAGCUAUCUUUCAGUCCGCGCUUUCUUCCGAGCUCAAAGCCUGGCAAGUGUUCCAGGAUCAGGCCGCUCAAAUCCAAUACACCGUGCAAGCACGGAAGAUUUUCAACACCCUGGAAAGCGGAAUUGAUGUUCUGGUCGUACCGAGCGUACCAUACCAUCCUACAAUCAAGGAUAUGCUGGAAAACCCACUGGCUCUGAAUUCCAAGCUUGGAACGUUCACACAUGCAGGCAACGUUGUUGAUCUGUGUGGUGUUAGCGUCAACGCUGGGUGGGUGGAUAAUGAAGAGGGGGUGAAGCUACCAUUUGGAGUUACUUUUCUUGGUGGAAGUGGGUAUGAUGGCAAGAUGCUGGAUAUUGCCGCCGUUUUCGAGGAUUCUGUCAAAGCAUAG